AACUAACAAACUAUAUAAGUAUUAAACCAAGAUGCAGAAAGUUAAGAAGGCAAUGGAGAACCAGAAGCGUUUUGUGCUCGGCCAUGGGAUCUGCCACGGCGCAUGGAGCUGGUACAAGGUGAAAACACUGCUAGAAGCUGCAGGGCACUGUGUAUCUGCUAUUGAUCUGUCAGCAUCGGGAAUCAACACGACCAGAGUGGAAGAGAUUCAGACGUUGAAGGACUAUUCCAAGCCAUUGUUAGACAUUAUGGACUCAUUUCCCUCAGACAAGAAGACAAUUCUUGUCGCACAUAGCCUGGGAGGAGUACCGGCUGCUCUCGCUGCCGACAUCUUCCCUUGUAAGACCGCUGCUAUUGUGUUCUUGACAUCUGCAAUGCCUGACACCAAAAACCCACCUGCUUAUGUUAUCGAAAAGUUGCUCGCAAGCAUUCCACAAGAAGAGUUCUUGGACACAGUGUUUGGAUGUUAUGGAGCACCUGAUUGUCCUCUAGAGACUAGUCUUCUUGGACCAACAAGGUUCUUGACCAAGAAAUGUUAUCAGUUGUCUCCGGUUGAAGAUCUUGAACUGGCGAAAAUGUUAAACCCUUUAGUUACAAAUAAUCUGGCAGGGACAAGAAGCUUUAGCGAGGAAGGGUAUGGAUCGAUUCCACGUAUCUAUAUAAUAUGCGAAGAGGAUAAUAUAAUACCUAAGGAAUAUCAGCACUGGAUAAUCAGCAACUUUCCGCCAAAAGAAGUAAUAAAAAUCAAAGACGCUGAUCAUAUGCCAAUGAACUCCAAACCUCAAGAACUCUGUGCUCGUCUCUUGAAGAUCGCACAUACGUAUGCAUGAAUAAACCUCAGCAAAGCAAUUAUAAACUUCAGCUUCCACUACAACGACAAUCCAUAAGAGAACACAGCAUGUAUGAAAGUUAAGAAAGUGAUAAUAUUCAUUAGAAAAAAAAAAGACUUUUGCAACAACCUCUUGCAGAAUAAAAGUUAUUUUUUUCUGCCAUGGAGCUAUUCCAAUGUACCACACAUAGACUUCUAUAGCCAGAAACAUGCUUGAUACACACAGAUUAACCAACAUAAAGAUUCAUACAUAAUCAUACUAGCGGGAACUAACUAACUUAACUAACUUGACAGCCAGAUAAAGAAACAAUCAAAAGCCUAUAACUUUUCAGCAUAUAUCAUUAAAGAAGUGCAAGAACUGAGAGAAACAUUAAUCUAGGCUACCAAGACACUGUAAACAUUAAUCUUAUUCAAAAAAAAAAGACACU